CCAUCCUUCACACAACUAGAGCACAAGUAUCAAAUCCAAUUAAGUAGUAGCCAACACAAAUCCACCAUGAAGACCUUAUUCAUCCUAACAAUCCUUGCGAUGGCAACAACUAUCGCCACCGCGAAUAUGCAGGUCGACCCCAGUGGCCAAGUACAAUGGCCACACCAACAACCAUUCCGCCAGCCCCAACAACCAUUCUACCAGCAACCACAACAAACAUUUCCCCAACCCCAACAAACAUUCCCCCAUCAACCACAACAACAAUUUCCCCAGCCCCAGCAACCACAACAACAAUUUCCGCAGCCCCAGCAACCACAACAACCAUUUCCCCAGCCCCAACAAGCCCAACUACCAUUUCCCCAACAACCACAACAACCAUUCCCCCAGCCUCAACAACCCCAACAACCAUUUCCCCAGUCACAGCAACCACAACAACCUUUUCCCCAGCCCCAACAACCGCAACAAUCAUUCCCCCAGCAACAACAACCGUUGAUUCAGCCAUAUCUACAACAACAGAUGAACCCUUGCAAGAAUUACCUCUUACAGCAAUGCAACCCUGUGUCAUUGGUGUCAUCCCUCGUGUCAAUGAUCUUGCCACGAAGUGAUUGCCAGGUGAUGCAGCAACAAUGUUGCCAACAACUAGCACAGAUUCCUCGCCAGCUCCAGUGUGCAGCCAUCCAUAGCGUCGUGCAUUCCAUCGUCAUGCAGCAAGAACAACAACAAGGCAUACAGAUCCUCCGGCCACUGUUUCAGCUCGUCCAAUUUAUAUAUGACAAACAAAGCAUAAGUUGCAUUAGUUUUAAUUGAUUGUAGAAAUUUCUUUUACCUGUAGAAUAACUCAGUUGUUAUCUCUUUAAACAUGCAUUGUGA